AUGGGGAAGAUGAAUAGAGGUAUAAAAAAUAAACUCCGCGUCGACCAAACUAUCAACCCUAAGUUCCUAACCCACGCCUCUCUCUUCCUCACUCUCAAGUCUCAUCUCACGUUUCUCUCUCUUCUUCACUCUCAUCUCACAUUUUGGUGCUCUCUCUUUCUUGCAGAUCUCACGAAAUCAGGUGUGGGUAAGAGUUGCCUCCUCCUGCGGUUCUCUGAUGGUUCCUUCACAACGAGUUUCAUCACCACCAUUGGUAUUGAUUUUAAGAUUCGGACCAUAGAGCUUGAUGGCAAGCGGAUUAAACUGCAGAUAUGGGAUACUGCUGGUCAGGAACGGUUCAGGACUAUUACAACGGCAUAUUAUCGUGGAGCCAUGGGUAUUCUGCUGGUGUAUGAUGUUACUGAUGAGUCGUCAUUCAACAAUAUCAGAAACUGGAUACGCAACAUUGAGCAGCAUGCUUCUGAUAAUGUGAACAAGAUUCUGGUAGGGAACAAGGCUGACAUGGAUGAGAGUAAAAGGGCUGUGCCUACAGCUAAAGGACAAGCUCUAGCUGAUGAGUACGGGAUUAAAUUCUUCGAAACUGUGAGUGAAUUCCCCAGGAUGUGCUUGCUUAGUAUUGUAUCCUGGUAUAUUUAGUUAUUAUGCUCAAAAUGCAAGCACUGGCUAUCAGAGAUGUGGGCUUAUAGAUGGCAACCAGCAAAUUGUGAUAUGCCAGACUUUGAAAGAUCUUCAUUUUUGAAAAGUUCAGAAUGAUGAUCAUGAAAACUGGAGGAAUUUGCUUAUUUCGAGUGAAGACCAUAGAGAAUAUGAUUUCGUUUCCUUGAGCUGGUUCGUGAUGGAUGCAUUGGCUAAGGCCAAGAUACUUAUAGAUGCUAUUUAUAAUGAUGGGUGGUGGGUGGGCUGCAUUUCUAAAGUCCUUGUUGACUCAAAAUAUUUAGUUUUGUUCCAGAUUUUUGUUGUGGAGUUUAAAUUAGUGUACAUGUAAUUAUAUGAGAUUUGUAUUAGAUUUUGUUCUAAGUAUACUAGAAUUUAGUUCUCGAAUUAUUUUUUCACUUGUAUCUACAUUUAUUAUCAAUAAUAAUUGAAUUUAUUAA